UCUUUCUUGAAGUAAUCCAUUCAAAACUAAAAGCCUCAAAAGGUGAACAUAUGGUAUACAUAUACAUGUAUGAACAUUUAAAAAUAGAGCAUCGAUCUAGUGGUUACCUGAUCAAAUCAGAUGAGUGCACUCAUUUCUAAUAGUAGAUGUUAUUUUUUGGAAGAAAGUGGUUAUCAGAGGAUCAUAUUAACAUCAAGGUAUAUUUGUAUUUAUUAAUGUUGAUAUGAUGCUGUAGCAUUAAUUUAUGAGUGUUGGGGGAAAUUUCUUCAACAUAGAUAAAGAACUCCUCUUGCCCAUUGCUUUCAAUUCAAACCAUAAUAUUGCACCAGAACAGAGUCUUACUUGUGG